UGACAAUCGUGCGUUUUAAUAUGGAGGACGUGAGGUGUUGCGAAAGUUGAAAUGUAUUGGUGAAGGUCUGGUUACAUGCAGAAUGGUGAUGGUUGAACCAGAGUGACCCGGAUUGACCUGGUUGCAUUACAAGAGUGUCCAGAAGGAAGUCAAAAUGAAAAUGUUUAUACCUGUAUGUGAACAGUUACAAGAAUCAGGUCAUUCUCAGGCUGAUUGAAGUUAGGUAAUGAAUACAAAGGAAUUGGAGAGCAAGGACCCCUCUCCUUUGCGAAGUAAAUCAAAAUACAAUAAAUUUCACAAACUAUUCAAAGCAGUGCCUGAAGAGGAAUACCCACUAAAUGAUUAUUCAUGUGCCUAUAUUGGAGAUAUUCUGUUACAUGGUAGCAUAUACAUAUCACAAAACUGGAUUUGCUUUUACUCCAAGAUACGUGCCCGUGGACGGAGGCUUCAGAUUCCACUGGAGAAAGUGAUCAGCAUUACAAGGGAGAAAACUGCACUCGUGUUUCCAAAUGCUAUUGGUGUGCAGACUGCUGAGGAAAAGUAUACAUUUGGAUCUUUUCUCAUGAGAGACAAUGCAUACAAGUUUAUAAACACAGUAUGGAAGAAAACCCAAUCUGUCAAAAGAAUUCAGAAUGAUCAUACAUUUGAUUUUCUAAAAGAAACUGCAGUACUUAAUGCCUCUGUCUCUACUCCUGUAUUCUCUAUUGGGCCAUCAGAGUGUGAUAACGAAGUGGAGGAGGAGGAAGCCUGCUCUAUAGAGGAAGAUCCCGAGGGUCGUGAGGAAUAUCCAGAGGGUCACGAGGAAUAUCCCAAGGGAUGCGUUAACUGUGAUAAUCAGACUGUCCACACCAACUCAAGCUCUAAUCAAAAUAACAAUAUAGUCACGUCAGACUCUUCUGAUGUGGGCGUGUGCAAUCUUUGUGAUAAAUUAGACAGUGAUAAACUUGACUCUACUAAGUUUCUUGAAAAUGGCAAAUCCCCGACCUCAGUCCGAAAAGAUCAAGGCAAGGGACCAGUGAUUCGUGCUUUUAACAUUCCAUAUAUUUUUGAAUGUUUUGAAGUGCAUAAAAUGAUGGCUGCUUUUUCAGAAUUAAGUUUAAAGUUCCAAAAGAUACCCAGAACCAAUUUGUUGUUAGCUGUCUGUUCUGUUAUGAUUCUGUUUUUAAUGCUUUCUGCUGUUGCCCUUACAUACAAGAUCUUGGUUCUUCAAGCAAGAAUUGAUGGGAAAGAAUUCUGGACCCCAGUGGCCAAACAGAACUGGAGGAGCAAUCUGUAUUCCAGUUUCUAUGAACUGCAGGCCAGUUCCCACAUGGCCACUAUACAACAACUUCACCAGGUCCUGGAGGCCAAUCUCCACAUGUUAGAGGAGAUUGGUUUGAAUCUGAAAUCUUUGCAAACAACAACAGGCAAUUUAAACAAUUGUCAAACCAAAGAAGAGAAUUGCAAAAACACCAAAGUAUAGUCAUACAUUAAACACCUACGUCCUCUGCUUUGGAAUCAUACA